CUGUUUCCGUGUGCUCAAAGUAUUUGUCGAGAGAGAGAGAAAGAAAAAAAAGAAGAAAAGAGUUGUGAUUAAUUUCCCCAGUAUGUACAUACUGGCCUUGACUCUUAGGAAUACAAAACAAGAUAUCAAUAAUUUUGGUGGCAAAGUCUAGUGGAAGAUAUGGCUUUCCUAGGAGCAAAUUACUUUAUUUAAUGUCUUCAAACUGCAAAGAAGGUACAGCAUCAACAUAGGAAUUGUUCAGAAACUGAAACUUGGUUACUAUGGAGACAUUACCUCACAGUUCUAAGAGGCAGUGUUGGCCAGAUGCAACAACUGUAGUCAUAAAGGUCUCUGCCAAGUUACUGCCCUCUCAAGCUGCUUCCAGUGAAUGCUACACACCUGCACCAUGGUUUGUCCGACAUCCUUAGCCAAGAUCAGGAUUGGCUAUGUUGGUACUUACAUAUCCUCAUGAGAAUUGUGGUUCUGGUACUAGUUUGGUAAAGAAAUUAUUAAACCUGGCUGAUGCUUGAAGGUAGUUGGAUUAACAGGAAAGAAAAGAGACUUCUUUUCUAGCCAAGAUGAGAGAUACACAAGACAUUCAGGAAGCUUCGGAGGCAAUGCAGAAUAAAGUCCAUGAGCAGGAAGAUAAGAAUGAGAAACAAAAACAAAGAGAAGACAAACUUGGAGUAUAUUCUUUAGUACAUUUUUCCCCAAAGAUGUUGGGUUCAGUUGCCACAACACUGCCACUGUCAUCUUCAAAUUCCAGUGGAAUGCCUCUUGGUUACUCUCUGUCUAGUCCUCAGAUUAGUAGAGUAACUAUAUCAACAACUGGACAAUUGACUUCUAAAGCUACUGUAGGUAGCUGUUCCCAAGUGGAAAACAUCUUGGAUGCCAGCCCCUUCUCAGUUCCGAAGAAACAGGAUGAAUCACCCAUGAUUGGGGAUGGAGAAGAUUAUUUCCUUUCUUUGUUUGGUGAUUCAAAGAAACUUACAGCACACUCAAACUACACUCAGAAAACUUUAAAAUACUUUUCUAUGAUUCUCGAAGAAGUUGGCCAGUUUACCUCCAGUUCUCUUGGAGAUGUUGAAAUAGCUGAAGUGAAUGUCAAGGGUUUGUUUGUGAAGCUCAUUAACUCUUCCCUUGACAAAGAAAUGGCAAUUGGAGAUCAUAUUCUCCAGCAAAAUGUGAAUGGACAAACCAUUUCUUUGUACCAAUUCCUUCCAAACAUCGUAAUGCAGGCAAAUUCCACAGUAACAGUGUGGGCAGCAGCAUCUGAAGCAAAGCAUCAACCUCCAUCAGAUUUUCUUUGGAAGGAACAAGACAAGUUUAGAGCAAGUCCUGAUUGUAUAACAAUCCUGUGCAAACCGAACGGUCAAGCCAUUGCCUGGUACACCCCUAUCCACUGGAAGCAAGCGUGGGAAAAAUUAGAUACUGACGUUGAAUUUAACAGAUGUUCAGUAGUAUCUCCAACAUUCCGAAAGCGUGUGUUUCAGUGGACAGCAUCUACAACUACAAUAACUAAAGAAAAACAAGAUCAACCUAAGAAAGAUAUCUCAAAUUAUCAGGUGGAACAAGCUCAAGUUCUUCUUAAGAGAGAGAAGGAAAUCCCACCAACCGUUUUCCCCAAUCGCAGCCCUUGGUGCCAGAAUCCCUAUGUCUCUGCACAUCCUUACUGUCCUCUGAUUGAACCACACAAUACAUCCACCGCUGGAGGCAGCUUGGAUAGACAGCCCAGGUCUCGGUCAACCAGACCUAAUCGAGCCUCAGGGACUAAGAAAAAGAAGACAUCUGAGUCACAAAAGCAAUAAGCAGUCAACUCAACCUUUAAGGAAAGAAACACCACACAUUUAGAAGCAGGACCAGAAGAAACAUUUUCAUUCACAAAAGGAGGAGUGGGCUACCACUGUUCCAAACUGCAAGAAAGAUUUAGGUUCUACUUCUAAAAUUGCUAAUUUAACAGAAUGCCAAUUACAGAGACAAACAAGCAAAUGAAAGUUCGAUCUCAUGGCUGGGCACAGUGGCUCACACCUGUAAACCCAGCACUUUGGGAGGCUGAGGCAGGUGGAUUACUUGAGGUCAGGAGUUCAAAGGCAGCCUGGUCAGCAUGGUUGAAACCCCAUCUCUACUAAAAAUACAAAAAUUAGCUGGGCAUUGUUGCACAUUCCUGUAGUCCCAGCUACUCGAGAGGCUGAGGCAAGAGAAAUGCUUGAACCCGGAAGGUGGAGGCUGCAGUGAGCUGAGAUUGCAUCACUGCACUCCAGCCCGGGCAACAGAGUGAGCCUCUGUCUCAAAACAACAACAAAAACAAACCAACAAACAAAAACAAAGUUCAAUCUCAAGUUUAUUUGACCACUAAUCACAUUUCUAUGCAACAACUGAUUAAAAGCAUGCGAUGUGCUCAGAGUCAGGCUCUCAAAUGCUCUCCUUACUCAGUACCUUACAAAGAAUGUGUGGGCAUUCUGUUGUGUGACUAAUGAACAGUGACUGUGGGCGAUGCCAAAGAAUGCCACAGAAACAGAACUUUUCGCAAGUUAGAGAAUUCUGGAAAGGCCAGGUAAUUUUCCUGUGUGGCUGCCACCUGUCGUGUGAACAUUUAGACUUGCUAGGAAAUACUGAGGAUUCUCGAAAAAAGUAUAAAAAUGGAAGAAAGAGCAAGGCAACAAAUGGGUCUUGUUACAGAUCACCAGAACUGUCCUCAAGAGUAUGCAAUUGCUUAGGACCCAUAGAAAGCACCAACAUUGGAAACACAGCAUAUAAACUCACAACCAGUAAACGCUCUUACACAUAGGAGGCAUUCCUAAUAAAAGUGCUGGUGAUGGAGUCUUUUCAUGAACUGAGCUAUGUUCACAUAUCUCUUACUGUCCUCAGUGGUCUAAACCGGACAGUCCAAACAUGGGAUAUUCUUCUAGCCCUCCAAGGAGUGUUCCUUGGGACCUGACAAGAAGUUUUUAUAACAGUUUCUCCUGGGGCCACUUUUUGUCAGUGGGGAGUUGGUAUUUAACCCCCAGAGAGAGGGACUAAUAUUUAAUGCUCUUUAAUGUGAAACCUGCCCUAAAGGAGUUUUGAAAGUCUAAUAGUUACAUAUUCUGAUAUCAGUGUUUUCUAUCUCUACUUUGUGGCAUAUUCCUUCAAUCUCUGCACUGAUAAUAUGUUUCUCCUCUCAGCCCCAAACUGAUCUAUCAAUUUCCAAAAUUUUUCAGUCAGUUGAAAUUUCAUGAAUUUUUUUCCCCACAACCUCCUUCUUUCAAAGAAGUACACUGUGCACUUCUUGUUAGUUACCCUGUUCUUGUUUUCCCAGCUUUACCUUUAUGGUGUCAUGGUCCAGUUGUAUGGAAGAGUAAAAAGACCUGCAAUCUAGGCUCCCUGCCAUGCCGGUCAAAGACAUUCCACAACUUCAAGAAAAUCAAAUGCCUGAGCAAACGUAGCGGGUUCCGCUUUCAUAGAGGAGGCAUAGAACACAAACAUCUCAGGCUGUAAUGCCUCCUACUAAGACUUCUACAGAAAAUUCAAGCCUGCUGCAUACAGGAAAACAAAGCUUGUUUUUUUUGUUUUGUUUUUUUUCUAUCACACUUUAAGUAUGUUACCUGGUUUCUUUCAAGUCUGGGGCACACCUGAAAUAUUUAAAGGAAAAGAUAAUUAGGCACUACUCAAGUACCACCAAGAAGAAAAUGAAGGGUGUGAACAUUUAAAAAUGGGUCAGUAAACUGGCUGCCUCAAAACAAUUUUGAUCCCCAUAUUCAAAACCAGAAGUAAACAGUAUCCAUACCCAGAUAAUGAAAUAUAAUAGCUAAGCUGCUUAGGCAUAAAAGAGCCCUGAACAUCAUAAAUCACCAUUAAACUGUAAACUAAACAAGUGCACAUUACAGAGUUGAGUUCACAGGGGAAAAAAAUGAAUAAUCCUUUCACCUUGGCAAAAGUUGAGUUCUCAUAAUUUCCUCCCAUGGCUGGGCACUGUGGCUCAUGCCUGUAAUCCCAACACUUUGGGAGGCCGAGGUGGGAGUUCAAGACCAGCCUGGGAAACAUAGUGAAACUCUGUCACUACAAAAAAAAUUUAAAAAACAGCCGGGUGUGUUGGCACAUGGCUGUAGUCCCAGUUACUUGAGAGGCUGAGGCUAGAGGAUCAUUUGAGCCCAGGAGGUUAAGUCUGCAGUGAGCUAGGAUCAUGCCACUGCACUCCAGCCUGUGCUGCAGAGCCAGACCCUGUCUGAAAAGACAACAAAAAAGAAUUUAUUUCCUGCUGUUACUGUCGUGCAUCUGUGAGUAUGAUCAAGACCUGAUGAUUCUGGGUCUUAAUUUAAGGUUAAUAUGAAUGGAAAGACUCUGAACACCUCUACUUCAUAUUGCUAUAACAACUGAAGCAUUCCGGUCAGAAUUACAUUUCACCAUGCAUUGCCAUUAAUUUUUUUGCUCAGGACAAUAAUAUCCAAGUCUAGAGAAAAUGAAGAUGCCUAACAUGUUGCAACCAACCUUCAUCACACAGGAGAGGAAGCCAGCAGCAAGCAAGCAAGAAAAUAGUUUCUUUUAG